AUGCAGAAGUCGUCGAGUCAUGCGGAACAAAGAAAAGGCCCGCAGAGCUCUUUAAUGCGUGCAUCGGAACGUCACAGCACAGUCGUUAGUCGUCUCUCGCGAUCGCGGCGCACAAGAACGGAGUCGCGUCAUCGCUCCAACGAAGUCUGGCAGGAGCUUGAGUCGACAGUCCAUGUUCUUGACAAUGGGGUUGACCGGACGCCAUUGCCGCUGCAGAAGCGACCAAACGCUAAUGGUGUUCCCCGCGAGAGUCACCAAGGCAUGAGUUCCAUCAGUCUGUUGCUUCCACUGGAGAGUAGUUCCAUUUUUCAUUCUUCAUUGCUGAACGCCAGCUCAAUAGAUGCGUUGAAUGUUGCCUCGAACACAAGCCCGUACAGUCCAUCACAGACUGGCUUUGUAACGGCCUCGUCCUCGCUGACAAGCGUCUCUGUCGACCGCCGCGCGUCCGUCUUUUCUUCCAGUACGUUGUCCGCCCCAGGUCAAACUGUGCAAUACCAGGCUGGUUCCUUUCAAUUGGAGGAUGCCUUUUCUGCUCCGAAGAAACGCGUCCUAACACGGGAGGAAAGGCACAUGUGGUUUGAGGAUAAAACGACUGUUGUCCUUUGUGAGACUCCAACCAUUAUGCUUUACACACAUCAAGAUGAAAUUGUACCCAAUGAACGAAAGGAGGAGCUGCAGGAAGUGCAGGAUCGCAAUGCGGCGUAUGCGGAGUUAGUGGAGGCAAAGCGCGUUGAUGAAGGCACACGUUUUCAGGAGAAGGGCUCCUGGACCUUUAUUGUGCCCAAGAAGUCCAUUCACUGCUCCAUUUGCCCUCCGAAAAAGAAGGAUGCAGGCGCAUUGCAGGUGACGCCGUGGUUGUUGCGUGACCAGUUUACCGCUCUUCUGGCAGAAGAUACAGAUGUCAUGAAGGACGAGGAAGAAGAAGUCGAUGAGGAAGAUGGCGAAUUGGAAGAGACGGGGGAGGAGCAAGAAAAAGAGGUCCCAUCGGAAACAACUGGUGAGCGAAGCAGCCUUUCAAAUAAUCGUUCUAUGUUAUCGUGGAUGUUUGCCGAUUCAUUGCUCCCGACUUUACGUGUUAUGGAGCGAGUUGUUGUCCAGAACACGAUGGAGGAGGUGCAGUUGUCAUACCGAGGAAUCACGAUGGACCCUGCGGCACGCCGUGUACCUCGAGCCUCCGAGAAGGAGGAAAACUCAAAUUUGGAAGAGACGGAGAUGGCAGUAGCGGCAGAGGUGCAGGAACCAAAUGAUGUGGCUCCCGCCGUGGCCGCCACGCCUUUGUUGAAGUCUGAACUUCCACCACUAAGGAUUUCAGAAGAUAUUAAGGGUUUGUGGACCUUUCGAUCGCCCCAAACAAGGGAUCGCGCCGUUACUUGCAUGGCGUGGAACUGCAAGGAAAAUGAUAUUCUUGCCGUUGGCUACAGUGCAGUUCGAGGACAGGACGCACUAGGCGUGGAACCUGCAAACACAUUCCAGGGAGGCAUUGUGUGCUGUUGGUCGUUAAAGAACCCCCUCGCACCAGAGCGCGUCAUUCAGCUGAACACAGAGGCGGGAGUAUCGUCGGUAGCGUUUUCGUAUGAGCACCCAAGUCUUCUUGCUGUCGGUAACAUGGAGGGUGGGAUUCUUAUUUAUGACAUCCAAAAAGACUCAAAUGUCCCUGCCAUCAAGACAACUUUGACGAGUGGGCAGCACACUGGGGCGGUUUGGGAGAUGAAGUGGGUGGCACGCGGUAAAGAGCGUGGGGAAUUCCUCAUGUCCAUCUCCGGUGACGGACGUGUCGUCCAGUGGGCGGUUGGAAAAACAAUCGAACGUGUGGCACCCGAUCUCAUGACGUUGAAGCGGCAAGGUGGCGCUGCCUGUGAGCCUGUCAUUGCAGACAACGGCACUAAUGGUGGUAAACGUAAUGGAGAUAUGCAGCAGCGACGCAGGCGCGAUGCACUUUUUUCCCGACAAUGUGGCGGUAUGUGUAUGGACGUGUCUCCUGCAGAUGGCACAGUAUAUGUUGUUGGCACAGAGGACGGCUCUGUUCAUCAAUGUAACAAGAGCCAAACAGAGAACUACGAGUUGGACUACGCGCCGCACUCGGAACUUGUCUACCGCGUGCGAUGGUCUCCUUAUAGCGAUGAAUACUUCCUCACUUGUUCGGCGGAUUGGAGCUCGCGACUGUAUCGUCUUGGGCAAUCCACACAAUUACUGAAGUUUGAUAGUCCGAAUCAAAAUGCCGUGCAGGAUAUCGCGUGGUCCUACACGAACUCUACUGCCUUUGCCACCGUGACAGCCCAGGGAAACGUGGAGCUGUGGACCAUCAUGGACUCCAUUCAUCCCCGUUCCACUGUGCAGUUUUUGGAUCAGCGCCGGCUUGCGUGUGUUCUCUUUGCGGAACAGGAUGCCGCUGUGCUGGUGGUUGGGGACGAAAAGGGUGACGUGACCCUAUUUCGCCUUCUUUCACCGUACUAUAGCGGCAUGAACAUGUUAGCCGAUGAACAGGAGCGUCAGCUCGAGGAGGCCAUUCGCAAGGCAAUCUCGUAA